CGUAGGUGUCAAAAAUAGAACUGGUUUUUAAAAAUUGCUGAAAAAGCAAGGCCAGCAAACUUUACGUCUAGUCGAUUCAUAACUUUUUGAACAAUUUGCCUAAAGUUGAACUUCUUCAGUGAAAACAGGGGUAUCGGGAUCGAAAUGGUCGUGGUAAAAGAUUCAAUAGUGGAAACAUGGCGCAAGAUUAUACAAAACACUCCUGGGAGGAAAGACAAAUCAUGGGUCGUGUUUCGCCACGGCACUUGUGUGAUUCUCAUGAACGGUGCUGCUAGCAAGGAAGAUGCAACAACGAAAGCUACUCAGAUCAUCGCAGAAUAUGGCCCAGUUCAUGCCGGAACUCCCGCUGGAGAUUUUAACGUCACCCAAAACCCAGCAGUGGAAGGAAUCAUCGUAACGUGCUGGCACGAUGAUGUUUUGAAUUUUGUUGGCAAGGAUGAAGAUGGAGGUAAUCCCUUUGUAAAUGCUUUGGUUGGGAGAAGCAAACGAGAUCAAGAUGGAAGAAGUCCUCAAGUCUUGCACGUGGAAUAUAAUGGUUGAACCUAGCUAGGUUGUAAACACCUGUACAAGUCGAUCUCCGAUCUUAAAAUUGAUGAAGAAUUUUAAUGUUUCGAAAAGGAUUUCUAUAUAAUUCCCAUAAAUAUAUUCUUUGAACAUUUCGAACUGACUGCUCCGUUUUCUUUAUUUUAUUUUAUUUUAUUAUUUUUUUUAAUUACUUUGCUUUGGCCUGAAUGGAA